AUCAUUCCGCGCCACCCCCUCAGUCGCCUCUGCCGGUACCGGUUGGAGCCCGAGCACCGCUGGCCCGCACAUGCGCAUAGCAGCGCUUGAGCUCAGGCCCGGGCCCCCGUCGGGCCCGGGACACCUGCCCCCAGUAGCGGCGGCCACUCGGGCCGGGACCAUGGGCAGCGCGGCGUUAAAUGGCAUCCAGAAAAACCAACGGAUUAUCGACCUUUUGCUGAAUGGAUGGUUAUGCCAUUAAAAAUGCCUGUUCCUUCCUGGAAAUUCAGCAGAAAGUUUGCAUUCAUAGGUUGCUGAAUCUUUUCCAUAUUAAUGGAUGACAUUUGGUAUGUGCACUGCAAAUCCUGGUCUGGGACUCUGUGAACUGUGGGGUGCCUGAUGCCUGUAAUCCCCAUUCCCCGCCGUGUCCGUUCUUUCCACGGCCCCCACACAACAUGUCUGCAUUCAGCCUGUGGCCCAGUAAGGACCACUCACUUGGUGCGCACCAAGUACAACAACUUCGACAUCUAUCUGAAAUCCCGAUGGAUGUAUGGAUUCAUUCGUUUCCUGCUGUACUUCAGCUGCAGCCUGUUUACCUCCAUCCUCUGGGUGGCGCUCUCUAUCUUGUUUUGCCUUCAGUACCUGGGCAUCCGGAUCUUUCUGCGUUUCCAGUACAAACUCUCCAUCAUCCUCCUCUUGUUGGGGCGAAGGCGGGUGGACUUCAGCCUCAUGAAUGAACUGCUCAUCUAUGGAAUUCACGUGACCAUGCUGCUAGUGGGGGGGCUGGGCUGGUGUUUCAUGGUGUUUGUGGAUAUGUAAAUAAAGUGAGCGCAUGUGGGCUCAGGAGGUGACUCUAACUCUACCCCAAAACCUUUGGAUAUCUCCUUUGCCUUUUUUUAAAUACAAAUUUAUUUAUCAGUGCUAGAUUUUGAUAAAUUCAUGUACCUGUCUCUGGAAUUGGGUUUAUUUUUAUUUUUUUGAGGGCUGGGGUGCUGCUGAGUUACAAUCCCUGAUUUUAAAUGGGCUACAUUCAAUUUUUGUUUCCACAGUGAAAACUACAUACAUUUCCUUUCAGUCCAUAGGAGUCUAGCCUGCUGAACUAUUCCAGUGGGCAUGGAAAGGGCAGUGAUUUAACUGGAGGAGGGAAGCCAAAUAAUUUUGCACCCUGCCCCUUUAAUCAUCUGUAUCCUCUUUCUAAAAAUGUUCAAUGAUGUCCUGUGCAAGUAAUAUAUAUUCCUAUCUACCCACUCUUCUCCCUUGGUGUAUUCUGGACUUGUAUUAUCCUUUGCUAAACAUAUUGGGCCAAAUUCAUCAAUGAUUUCAGUAGACUUACACCAGCGAUGUAUUUGGACCAUUUUGAUAUUGUAUUUACCUCAGUCUGCUGCGUUGAUAGCUUUGAGCGGCUUACCCCUCUUUAGGCAUUUAGGGUGGGAUCUUCCAGAAUCACUUGGCACUGACAUAUCAUUCCCAUGUGAAGUAAUGGAAGCAGAGUUAGGCCCAGUGCUAAGUGCUUUUGAAAAUUCCACCCUCAGCAAAUAAACCACUGGAAAAUGAUAGGCCUAGAGUAACUCAUUUCCAUCUCUUCCUUAAUGCCUAACAUAUCUGGACCUGAUUCCGAUCUUUCUUUCUUUGGGUUUGCUCUAGUAUCUUCAUGGAAGUUACCCCUGAAUUGCACCAGUGGAAGUGAGAUCAGGCUAUGGUGUCCUUCAUCUAGGGGAACUUGAAAAGUAACCAAAAUCUGUAAGUGCAGCAUUGUGAAUUCUUUAAUAAUAUAGAGGAAAUAUUCUGGCUUUGCCACUAGUUGUGGCAGUGGAAGGUCAAGUCAUUAGAAACUUUUUCUGAUGAUUUAAUAAUCGAGAGACAAGUUCUGAUCUCGGUCACACCGAUCUUAAUCUGGGGUGAUUCCCCUGAAAUCAAUUUACACAUAACUGCAAGUGAGUUCAGAGCCUGGCCCAAAGUGUCUAUUCAGAGUUACCAGCAGUUACUCAGAACAGACUUAGAAUGUGGUCCCUUUCCCCAUUUUUCUGUAAGGAAUUGCAGAUUGAUUUCUUACAAGAAGGUUGGCUACAAAGACCAAGACCUAUUUCUGUUUUCAAAUCAUUGUAAUUCAGUCCAUUGAAGUCAAUGGAGUCAUGUUGAUAUAAAGUUAGUAUAAGUGAGACGAGAAUUAGGUCACUAAUGUAUUGAAAAGACAUUUUGUGUGGUUCCGUGUUUGUAUUUCCUUCAGUAGGGUUACUUCAUAGGGUCCAAUACAUACUCAUAUGCAGAGGGAAAGGGUGUUUUUACAUUGCAGCUUAUGGGGACAGUGCCUUUUGGUGGUAGACAUUUGGUUUUGCAGAUUUGCAGAUGCAGAGUAGGGCUGCUUCUCUCUGAAGCCUUAAUCUAGAGCAAAACCAGAAAUUAUCUUUACAAUCUGAUAAUCCAGUAAUGCAAACUGACCACAGGGUGCUGAUUAAGGUUGGGUCUUGGCAGAAUAAAUCUUAGAUCAGCACUGCAGGAGCUGAGAGAUGUUUCCAUGGGAGCAAAGUGGUUAAUCAGUGUUGUGCCAGAAGCCAUGUUCUCUUGAUGCUCCUUGAUAGUUACCAGAACUGUGCAUGUAACUGCUCCCCUUGGGCUUUGUUCUAGGAGAGUUCACCCAGCUGCUGUGUUUAUUACAUCUGCCUACCCAACCUGCACUCAUCACCCUUGUGUCUGAGCACCUUACACAUUCUUAUUUUGUUUUACUAAUAUCUUACAUUUAAGGCUAAGAUUUUGUCGUGGGUAUUUUUAGUAAAAGUCACAGACGGCCACGACUCACAGUGCUGUUGGGAUUUGCAGCUGCUCCAGCUCCGCCACUGCUCCUGGGGGGCUGACCCAACUCCGGCUGGCUGCCGGUCAGCUGUUCCGGCGGCCCUGGGGUUAGCCACUGGUCAACUGUUCCAGCAGCUGCGGUUUGAGCAGCCCCAAGGCUGACAGCUGCUCCAGCAGAAGUCCUGGAGGUCCUGGAAAGUAAUGGAAUCUGCAACCUCCAUGACAGUAUCACUGCCUUAGUUAUAUUUCUUAUAUAUGAGUUUCCAGAAUUGCUGGGAGGGAGGGAGAUCUUCUGUGAUACUUCCAUUCCCCAGUCUUCCCUCCCAAAAUGAUGAGGCCCAGAUUCUGGGUUCAAGUGCGCUGACCCUUUCUAGCAAAGCUACGUCGGGUCUCUGGGGAGGGUGGGUCCCCAAAUGAGAUAACAAUGCCCUGUUAUCUCUAUUCUCCAUGCAGCUCCCAGCCUAAGGGUUGGAGCACUCUGGGCACUGACUAUCCUAGCCUCCCUGACAAUUCACAGGGAGCCACUGCAGGCAAUGUAAGUUACAGCAGCCAUGGAGCUGCUCUGACUAACGCUGGAGGCCCCAGCAGCCCCCAAACCAUCCAAAAUCCAAGAGGUGCAAAAGUUAGGUAAAGCCACUUGUGCUCCUAUGCCUGGCUGGCACAUCACAAGUUCUGGCUUUAAGUCAGGUGUACAUGAAUAGAAUAAUAUUUGGCACCUACCUAGCACUUUUCAUCUUCAAAGUGUUUUACAAUCACUAGCUAAUUAAUCUUCACAACAUCCCUAGAAGGUUGCUGAAUAAGUAAGAUCUUGGUAAAGAUUUGGGAUUGUAAUCAGUUUUUUUAAUACAGGGAUUUUGUUUUUAAGCAUUUAAGUUUACUUUUAAUUAAAGGUUUUUCUCGAGAAGUUGAGAUGUUCAAAGUGACCUAUAAGUUCAAGGACGUGAAGGCAGGCUGUGAGGAGAAAGCUGUUAACCAAGCCAAAGCUAUAUGAUGGACAGAGUAAACGACACAGUAAAGCGUGUGCUUUCAAUAAGCAAUUUUUUCUCAUAAAGUUUUCUUCAUUGCAAAAGUCCUUUCUUAAAAAAAAAAAAUGGUCAGAACAGACCAAAUAAUAGAACGGGUAGAAGCUGGAAUUUAUUCCUAUGUCUUUAGGAGUCAGACAAAUAGCAAAUUAAUGUUAGUUGCCAGAAAUAUUUUAGCCUGAGCAGGUGUGGGCAAACCCUACUCCACUGUGGAAAUCAAUUUUCCCUUGGAUUUAUUCCUGUUUCCCAAACUCACUCAGACAUGAGAGAGACAUGGUCAGAUUAAAAUAAUUAGACAAAAAAAUUCAUUAUAUUACAAAUAACUAUGGAUAAUAAAACUGAAACGAUUUGAAAAAUUUAAUCAACUUUUCCCCAUUGGUGAUGUUUGCUUCACUUUUUCAAUUUCAUCUUGGACAAUGAGAAUAAACUGGUCGCUUUCAUUUUUGUUUUUAGUUAGUGUUUCCUUGAUCCUGUCAUACUGCUUCUUUGGGCUAUAAAUACUGCAGAUUAAUGUUUAUUUGGUUUUUAAAAUGCUUCCAGAGGAAUUUUAAUAGAAACCAUAGAAGCAAGACAAAUAGAAAUAAGUUUUGAGAGAGAUUAUUUUUACCAGACCUACAUAUUGGGCUGUAUUUGAUCUGACAGUGUCCCUUCGGGGCCCAAUCCUGCAGUCUUUGCACAUCCCAAACUCCCUUUGAUAUCUCCUUUUCAAGUCAUUGCAGGUUUCAGAUAUGCAGGGAAUGGAAGACCUUUAUGUUUUUGAAGCUGGAACUCCCAAUCUGUUACAGCAGACUUAAGGGCAAGGAUGAUUGCAUGUGUGGUAACAAAGUCGCAUUAGCUCUGCCCUUUAACUGAUGAAUGUAUAAACUACAAUGCAAGGUGUUUGAUUUGCACCAUGUUAACCUUUUGAAACAUGGAUACAACUCAGUGUCUCGAGUGCCUGUUGAGUUCUUUAUGAAACGUGCCACCUUAAUUAAACAUUUUUAUUAAACGUC